UCUAUUACUUUCCACGUUUGAGUGGCACGAUACUUCUCUAUCUUGUGCUUCCAUACAUCCAAGUCACGAACAAAUCUAUCAAUAUGUCAUCUGGUAGCGGAGACAACAGCGAACAGAACCCCACCGUCCUAGGCGGUAUCACCGACACUCUAGGCAAGACCGUCGGCGGCGUCACGAACACUGUCGGUGGUAUCGUAAGUGGCCUAGGCAAGACGGCUGGAGAUGCGACUCAAGGCCUUGGAAACACAGUCAGCGGCGCCAGUCAAGGAUUAGGAAACACGACCAAGGGCGUUGGUCAAACUGCCAACGACACGAUCAGCGGUCUUGGUGAAGGACAAGAUAGGAAGGUCGAACAGUCUACUGAGAACCCUCUGGGACUGAGCCGUUGAGUUAAAAAGGGAAUGUGGAUGUGAAUUUGCUUGGAUCGGAAUUUCCUUGGGGUCUGAUAAGAUGUCCCUGACUGUAUUAUUAGUAUUGUGUGCAGGAGAGGAUUACGAUCGCUUUUGUGAUUGAUUUCUUUUUGUUCUUCUAAGGAUUAGCCCCAAUAUCAAUAUCAAUGUGACAUGAGCUUUUAAUAACGGCUGGAUUGCGUCUCGAUCCAGGUAUAUGCCUUUCUU